AUGAAUGAAUUCUUGGAGUUGCAAGACACCAUUUUAGCAAAGUUUGGCAAUGAAGAGCCGGAGGUUCCUGUUGUUCGUGUUAAGAAUAUUACACAAACAUCUCUUAUUCUUGAGUGGGAUCCUCUUUCAUUGCACACCGCUAAACUUAGAUCUCUCGAUAUUUAUAAAAAUGGAACCAAACUGGCUCAACAUGUGCCAAGUGAUACCAACUUUAUUAAAUUGUCAGGAUUGGACGUGGAUCAUGAAUUCGAGUUUCAUGUUGUUAUUAAAACAACUGCCGGUGAAUAUAGAUCGAACAAAGUCACUGCACGUACACACAAAAUGGAUAAUUUGACUGGUAUUCGUGUCGCAUUUGGUUUGUUUGAGGAACCAGAGCCUGCAAUCACAGAGUUGAAGGAGUUGUUGGCCAAGAUGGGUGCUUCUUGGUCGGAGGAAGUUAGUGUUGAAACAACACAUUUGUUGGCUCAACUCCCUGGUGGGCCAAAUUACGAUCGUGCAGUCCAUCAUUCUAUACCUAUUGUCAAGCCUGAAUGGCUGGUUCAAUGUGAUAGAAAUAAAAAGAUUCAGCCUGCUCUCCCAUACUACAUCGUCAGCGUACCCACUAAUGAAUAA